AUGGAAUUGAUCAACAACAUUGCCAAAGCUCAUGGGGGAUCCGUUGAUAAUUUAGGUCCUGUAGAUACUCGCACAACAUCCCCUAUUCAUAAAUCCGUGCCCGCUUUCAUACAAUUAGAUACAAAAUUAUCUAUUUUUGAAACAGGAAUUAAAGUAGUCGAUCUUUUAGCUCCUUAUCGUCGUGGAGGAAAAAUCGGACUAUUUGGGGGGGCUGGGGUAGGUAAAACAGUACUCAUUAUGGAAUUGAUCAACAACAUUGCCAAAGCUCAUGGAUUCGUAUCCCUAUUUGGCGGAGUAGGUGAACGGACUCAUGAAGGAAAUGAUCUUUACAUGGAAAUGAAAGAAUCUGGAGUAAUUAAUGAACAAAAUCUUGCGGAAUCAAAAGUGGCUUUAGUCUACGGUCAGAUGAAUGAACCGCCAGGAGCUCGUAUGAGAGUUGGAUUGACUGCCCUAACUAUGGCGGAAUAUUUCAGGAGCUAG